AUGACUAGCAUUGGCAAGUUAGGUGCUAUGCAACAACUGAUGAAAGGCGGAAAAAUGAUGCCUGCAAAUGUAAUAUCCGAUGAUACCAUUUUGGUGAAGAAAAUAGUUGCAGAUCAUAAUCCUGAGGGACUUGAUUAUGAUGUCAAACCACUUCUACAUAUUGUUGAAGAUAUUCUUAGACGUUCUACCCUCGGCAGUUCUGAACACGAUUCAAUGGGUGAACUAUCACAUGUUGAUCAACUUGAAGACAGAACUCACCUUCCUUCCUACACAAGCAUGUUGGAGGCCUUGUCUGUUAAGAUUGAUCGGAUUUCUUGUGAGAUUUCCUACAAGAUUCUUUCUGGUGUAGAUGCACACUCCACGACAGUAGCAAUAUUUGAGAUGCUUACAAUCUACAAGUGGGAUGUUAAGUUGGUGUUAGCCUUAGCAGCAUUUGCUUUAAACUAUGGCGAAUUCUGGCUUCUUGCUCAUAUUCACGAUACGAACCAACUCGCAAAAUCGAUGGCGAUUCUUAAGCAGUUACCUGGUAUCAUGGAGCAUUCAAGCUCACUAAAGCCACGAUUUGAUACGCUUAAUGAUCUAGUAAAUGUCAUAUUGGAAGUGACCAAAUGUGUCAUUGAGUUCAACGAUCUUCCAAUUCAAUACAUUAGACAAGAUGUAUCAGCCUACAACACUGUCUCAAAUCAUAUCCCAGUUGCUGCAUACUGGUCUAUUAGAAGUAUUGUGGCUUGUGCAGCUCAGAUUACAAGCCUCACUACACUUGGUUAUGAAAUCUUCACCUCUAAUGAUGCUUGGGAGCUUUCAACAUUGGCUUUCAAGCUGAGAAGUAUAGUAGAUCAUCUCAGAAAGCAACUGGAUAUCUGCAAAAUACACGUUGAGGAAGCAAUGGAUACUGAAGCUUAUGGAAUGCUACGGGAAUUAUUUUUGACACCACACACUGACAACAUGAAGAUCAUCAAGGCUUUGAUUUAUUCACAUGAUGACAUUUUGCCUCUAUACGACGGGGUUUCAAAGAAAAGGGCGAGCCUUGAGGCACUGAGAAGGAAGAAUGUGUUACUUCUAUUUUCAGGCCUAGAGUUCUCAACCGACGAGCUUCUAAUACUCGAACAGAUCUAUAACGAAUCAAAGGCGCAUGCACCGAGACAAGACAAUAGAUAUGAACUAGUUUGGAUCCCAAUAGUGGACCAAACAUCUGAAUGGACAGACCAAAAGCAAAUGCAAUUUGAGAAUCUGAGAGAGAGUAUGCCAUGGUUUUCGGUGUAUCAUCCUUCAUUGAUAAGCAAGGCAGUUGUUUGGUUCAUACAGAGUGAAUGGAAAUACAAGAAUAAGCCGAUUCUUGUUGUUUUGGAUCCUCAAGGGAGGGUUGCUUGCCCUAAUGCUAUUCACAUGAUGUGGAUUUGGGGAAGUGCUGCUUUUCCUUUUACAAGUUUUAAAGAAGAAACUCUUUGGAAGGAUGAGACUUGGAGACUUGAAUUGCUUGUGGAUGGCAUUGACUCGGAAAUAUUGAACUGGAUUAAGGAAGGAAAGUACAUUUUCUUGUACGGUGGAGACGACCCUGAAUGGAUAAAGAGAUUUGUGAAAGAAGCCCGAAAAGUAGCACAGGCGACACGUACACCUCUAGAGAUGGUAUACGUAGGAAAAAGCAACAAGCGAGAUCAAGUACAAAAAGUAUGCGACACUAUAAUCCGCGAAAAGCUCUACACUCACAGCUGGUCAGAACAAAGCAUGAUAUGGUUCUUCUGGACACGUCUCCAAAGCAUGCUCUUCUCCAAAAUCCAACUGAAACAAGUCGAUGACAACGACCGUGUGAUGCAAGAAAUCAAGAAGCUCCUUAGCUACGACAAACAAGGCGGAUGGAUUGUUCUAGCAAAAGGGUCACAAAUUGUUGUCAAUGGACAUGCUUCAACUGGUUUACAAUCAUUGAUUGAGUAUGAUCUCAUGUGGAAAGAACAUGCUGAACGAGACGGUUUUGAAACAGCUUUUAAAGAACAUUAUGGGAAGCUUCAUGCAGUUGAUAACCCUUGUUGUAGAUUUGAAUUCUCACAUUCAAUGGGAAGGAUACCUGAUAGACUCACGUGCCCCGAGUGUCGUCGGAAUAUGCAUGUUCUUACCACUUUUCAGUGCUGCCAUGAUGAUAAUGUUGAGGAGGAUUUUUUCGUUAGUAGCGUUACUCCUCCUAAUACUAAUUAAUUGAUCUUUUGUUUUUUUCAUUAUGGCUCUAUGCAGUUGAUUGCAUAGCCUUCAAUGUUUGUUUCUUUGUUUUAUUUUAAUCAUGAAUCAAUGUAAUAAACUAUCCAAGGGUCUUGUUGUAUAAACUGGAGAACAUUGAAUGAUCAAUAAAAUUUGUUCAUAUU